UAUCAGUAUAGUUGCAGAAAAGAGUAAAAACUUAUUCAAUUUUCACAAUCUUCAAAGCCAAAUCCACCACCCCCCCAUCACUCACCAACCUCUCUUUACCCAUUUUCCCAAGCAAUUCCCCUCUCCUCCUUUCUCAAUACUCAUCUCAAACCCUAGAAAUUCUUUAAGAUAAAUACCUCAAAAUCAUAUAAAAAUUUCAUCUUUCUAGAAAAUCUCUACAUGGGUUCAUUUAAGAAGAAAUCUUGGUAAGUCUCAGCUGAAAAAAGAAUACAAAGUUAACAGCUUUUCUAGCUCAAGUUAAGCCAAGAUCAAGAAUGGGUACUUUGUCAGCUUCCAGGUAUCUUAUGGUGUUAUUUAUCUUCUGUUUUUACUUCAGAACUAUCCAAUCUGAGGAAAAAAUGUCAUUUGGUUUUGUGGAUUUUGGUAAAGAUUCAAACUUUGAGUCUCAGAUUGCACUUUAUGGUGAUGCUAAGGUUGUUAAUGGUGGUAUACAAAUGAGUGGUUCAGUGGGUUUUAGUGCUGGAAGAAUCUUGAAAAAGAAACCCUUUAAGUUAAUUGAAGGAAAUCCAAGAAAAAUGGUGUCUUUUUCAUUACAUUUUGUGUUUUCAUUGUCAAGAGAAAAUGGGGAUGGAUUUGCUUUUGUGAUGGUACCUAUUGGAUAUCCUUUUGAUGUGUUUGAUGGUGGCUCAUUUGGGCUAUUGGGUGAUAGAAAAAUGAAGUUUCUUGCUGUAGAAUUUGAUACAUUUAUGGAUGAGAAAUAUGGUGAUGUGAAUGAAAACCAUGUUGGUGUUGAUUUAAGCAGCUUUAUAUCUGUGAAAGUGAGUAAUGUUAGUUCUGUUAAAUUGGGGCUAAUGAAUAGUGGUGAAAAGAUGCAAUCUUGGAUUGAUUAUGAAGCAAGUUCAAAGAGAUUGGAAAUCAGGUUGAGCAAAUUAGCUGACAUUAAGCCAGUUGAUACAUUGCUUUCUUGCCCUAUUGACAUGUCACAAAUGUGGAAAGAGGAUGAAUUGUUUGUGGGGUUAAGUUCUUCAAGUGGGAAUUCUACUCAGAAAUGCAACAUCUAUUCAUUGAGCUUUAACACAAGGACUGCACCUCAUUGGAUGCACUCUGAACCAUUAGAUCCACAAGCAUUUGUUGAGAAAAAAGAAGAGAUGAAAGUUCACAGCAGAAGUGAUUGUGCUUUGAGGAUUCUUGGUGCAUUGCUUUUCGGUACGGGAUGUGGAGCAUUAGGGGCAUUACUUGUUGUGAUUGUGUGGACUGUGUUAGGGAGUAGAAGGCCAGUGGCACCAGAGGAUCAUCCUGCAGUAAUGGAACUUCAUAACAAGGAAUUCGACGAGUACAAAAAGUUCAUAGUAGUUGUAGAUAAAGCUAUGGAAGAUGGUAAGGUUAAGAAUUAGGUAAACUUGAUUGAAGUGGGAAUUUAGUUUUGUUGGUUAUGUAAAUCAUCUUUGUUAAGUUUUGUGCUUUUUGUUCUUGUUAUGUUGUGUAGCUGUAAUUUAAUGAUUUACUAUCCAAAGUGUA